AUGGAAAAUUUUGAAAUUCUGAAAAAACACUUAAACACAGAAAAGGUUUUCUAUGACUUCAACUGUCAUGAACUAGUUUUAGACAAAUCUUUCGACCAUUCACUAAAUGAACAUUUCGAGUCUGAUAAUAUUAGUGAAGAGGGGAAAUUUGUAUGUGCGGAUCAGGAUAAUGAUGGAAAAAAUGAGCAUUCAAAUAUAAACUUAAGGGAAAAGAAUAAACAGUCUGAACGAAAAGCAAAAUGGGGUGAUAUAUUUGGGCGGAGCAAUGAACAGGAGAAUCCAACUAUGAACCGAAAGAUGAAAAAAGGAAAAGGGGGAGGAGGGAGUAUCAAAAUUGGCAAUACCAGUAAAGAGAGAAGAAGUCUAAGCGUAAGCAGCAAUCAAAAAUAUGAACAAGAAAAUCAAAAAGAAAAUUCCAACAACAGAAGCAACAACACAAAUCGAAACAGAGGCAACACUCCAAAUCUCAAGAAUCACAAGGAGGAGGGUACUGAAACGGAAGCUAUCCCAAGCACCCCUAUCCAGUUGUGCAUGUCAAAAAAUGGGUGCAUAAAUAAAAGAAAAGAAAAAAUAAAAAAAUGUGACUUUAUAGAAGAAAUAAAAUUGCAAGAAUCAUCCAGUGAAAUGCAUUUUAUUCCACCUGUAGAUAUACUCUAUGAUAAUGAAAAAGUAAUAUUUUUUUUUUUCAUUUCUGGAGAUUUACAAAAUUUUAAUAUUUCGACAAGCAAUAAUUAUGUCACUAUAUCUGGGAAAAAAAUUCCUUAUGAUACUCAUAAAUGUGCAAAUUACUAUUCGCAUGAAAUAAAAGCAGGGGAUUUUGUGCGAACCUAUUACUUCAUGAAAUCAAUAGAACAGGAGAAAAUUCGUUACGAGCACAAAAAUGGGGUUGUGAAAAUAUUCAUCUACCUUUCCGGAGGUGCCAAAUCAUGA